GGUUCUCACAAAUCAAAAGGCAACAGGGCCUGCCACCGAGGCAUGGUGCAAGUGUCUGCAGUGCUCAGGAUUGUUAAGAAGACGACCGGUGGCAAGCUGUGGAAUAAGCCCUGGGGGCUGCCUCCCUUGACAAGGACUCAGAAGGCGAACAAGAACAAGGCUCGCAAAGCAGAGCAGAAGGUUGACCAGGUUCUGAGGGAGGCAGCUACCAAGGACCCGUCCCAGGAUCUAGCACAGGCACAGAGACAGUAGCUCAGCAGACGGCACAAGAUGCAGGCCUUCCAGCCUCAGCUUUCGGCGCGCCUCAGCUUGCUGAGGUCUCCCGUCUGCAAUGCCCAGCCUCUGCUACCUGAUGUGGGUCCUACAGCUCCACGUCGAAGAGCAAGUCACGUCGCGGGCUCCAGCUCGGGCGUGCUUCACCGAGAAGGGGGUGUCCUCGACACAGGAAGGAGCUGGGGAUCGGGUCAGCCACCUCAGCCUGAAACAGAGCCAGAAUUCUAUGGGGGUGGCGGUGGUGGGGGCUCCAGAGUAGGCGUGGGCCACUCUCGAGACGGUGGUGGCGAAGAUGGAGACUCUGGUGGCCUGAGCAUCCCCUGGAAUCCCUUCUUGAUGAUCAUGGCAGGCGUGCGGGCGCGGGCAGAGGCAGACCCUUCCUUUCUGUUCAAGCUGGGCUGUGAGUGCGGGCUGGACCUAGCAAUAAUCCUCACAGUGAACCUGGCCUGCCGACGAGACAAGUUCCUGCGUGAGCUGGACUUUGUCCUGUCCCAGUGCUGCGUGUCGCUGCUGUGCGAUUUCGCGCUGGUGUAUCUGCUGGCUCCCACCAUGCGCCAGAGCGUGGCGGCCAAGGGCCGAUUCAGCCGCAAGAUCGCCGCGCUGCCCUCGCAUGUGUUCCAAUCGCCGCCCCCGGGCCACCCAGGGUUCACGCUGGGGCAGCGAGCGGCAUGCUUCUGCGUGAAGGCGGGCCAGUACGGCGCUGUCGGCUUUGUCAUGGGCUGCGCAGGCACGCCUCCCAAUUCUCAGCCUGUCCUUCUUCUUUGGCAGAGGAGCGCGCUGGUGCAUGCAAUGACGGCAGCACGGGAGCGAUUCGACUCCGCAUUUGAGCCGCCGCCCACGGAGCAGCCGAUCGCCGGCACGGGACUGGGAUGGCUGUACUUCAUGGGGCUCAACUCGAACGUGCGCUACAACGCCCUCAACGCUGCGGAGGACGUCCUGUACGCCAGGUUCCCGGGCCCGCGAUCGAAGAUGCUGUCGGUGCUGCUGCGGCUGGGCAACAACUUCUUCGGCGCGCACGCAUGGAUGGGCUGUGCGCGCGCGCUGAAGUUGAACCGGCCGCGCGCUGUAAAAGCGCGCAAGAAGGACGACCGCUUCCUGGACCCAACAGGAUCCUCCCUCGCGCUGUCUUGA